UGAGAAUGGUUAUUGCUCAUUUUUAAUAUGUAUACCUCACUUGCCUUUCCUGUUUGUAUCUCACCAUCCCAGAGUCAUUAUCACAGAAUAUCGCCCCUGUGGAAGCACAGAGAGACACUGUCCUUGAUGAAGGUAUGAAUUUCUGUGACACUCUUGUAACCAUAGCAGUAAUUAAUAUAGAGCUCACUUUCCUUUUCACUUAUUGUGUAUGUACUGUAGUAUUUUAUUUUGUUUUACAGCUCUGCCAUGUCCAGCGCCUCCUGUAUAUUUAGAUGCCCCACAACAGCCUGCAGCCUCUGUCCCAGGCUAUGAUCAGGAUGUUAGGCAGUGGAACUGCUCCCAACAGCAGAAAAUCUGGAUGAAGACUGAGCUGGAGGCAUUGGGGCUGUGGCCAGGUUCACGUCCAAUACGUCAUCUUAUGAACAUGCUGUCCCUGUGGCGUUAUCCCCCUCAGCCUGAGCUCAUAGACUCAAUCUCUGAGCUGCCUUCACCAAAGUACUUUCAGCUUCAUCCAUUUUUCAUUUGGAAGCCAGAGCACGCAAUCAUGGAGAGGGUGAGGAACAACUACACCCUGCCCUGUCUUUAUGGUUGUCCCAACCCUCAGGUAGCUUCCUGUGGUGUUGGAAGGCCCAGAGUGAUCAUUGGCACCGGCGGUCAGUACUAUAUUUUAGCCUCACGACUCACCUGCAAGGCUUGUAAGAAGUACUGGCAUGCUGACAAGCCCCAGUGGCUGGAGAAGCUACCGAAGCGCUUCAGCAACAUCGUGCCGGCUUUCCUGACACACAAAAAGGCCAUCUGCAAAUCGGUAAUGGACGAGAUGAGGCGCAGCGGCAGAUCACCAGAGGGCAUGACCAAGCAGCUGACGGAGGUGCUCCAUCUGAAGUAUGAGAGAGCUCACCUGGCCUACCUGCAGACCGUGCAGAACGUUAGGGAUGCUGAGGCAGGAGUUUACGGCCAGAGAACCAUCACUGGGCUCCUCAGACAGGUAGAUACUCUUGCUCCAUUUGGUGGAUACUCAGAUGCUGAUGGCUGGUGUGGAGUGUCAAUUUCUUCGCACUACCUGGUCGACUGCCUGGAAUCUCUCCUGCUAAUCCCACCAAGCAGCACAUCAGAGAGCACUGCAGAACCACCGUGCCAAAGCCCAGAGAACUCCUGCAGAGAGUCGAGGAUGUCCUCCAUCACUUUCACCUGGCAAAGGAUGCCAACGACCUGCACCUCUUUAAGGCUUCCAUGUUGAAGGUGUGGAGGAUCCAACGUGUCCACAUCCUGAGAGGCUGCCUGAGCGACCCGGUGGUGGGGGAGGGAGUCCUUUAUAGGUAUGGUGGCACCUUGCAGCUCAAUUACACCAA